GAAACUGUUUGUGGCCGUAAUAACUCGAACUUCGUGGUUUCGAUGUCACUGGGAAGCUUUUAGGCUUAGUUAAGCAUCGUGCUUUGACCUGCGUGCUCGCGCCCUCGUUGGUGAUGCUUGUAAGGGUCUGGUCGCAGCUCUCGCCGCUAUUUCUUCUUCACAUGAAACCCGAUGAUCGAAUCCUCGACUUUCGGCGCCUCGCUUCAUUCUAGCCGCGUUCUCACGCUAAUUCAACGUGCAAUUUUCCCGCUGAACUUGGGAACGAUUCGAAGUUUGAACUGUCGCGCGUGUGCCAACCCCGCAGUUAUUAAGUUGGCAGGACUGUCCAGAAAAUUCGGAAAGUGAACAGGUGUUUUUAAAAUGGAUUAGCUGCAAUGAGGCGAGAAUAGAACGGCCGCUUUCUGCGUAGCGGCAGAUUUUUCGGAAUGAAUCUGACAGAAGGUCUUUUAAGGAUAAAUAAUGGAGUGGAAUUUAUGGAUCUCAUGGAGUGCAGCAGAAAGUUGAUUAGAGUUAGAUAUCUCAACCGAGCGCAGAAAUCUCCUUGGGUUCCACCGAUAGCCAGCUCUUCACCAAUAGAAGCCACAGAUGCGGAUUCUGAUUGGGGAGGAGAUUGUAACUGACUUUCCGCUGGCGAACCUCUACACGAAGAAAAGUUUGCACGGAUAUAGGCGGGACAGAAAGCGAUAGUCGUGAUGCGUGCAGUGAAGACACGUCAGGUGGCGCGCAUGCGAGGUGAACGAGCGUUCACGCACUUGCAUACGUCGUGCUUGCUGCACGAAGAUUUUCAAGGCACAUCUGCACCCCGUAUAGCCGUGAAUAAACUGUCCCUCCCGCUGCUUGCACGAACUGCUUCGCUUUCUGAGGAUUGAGUAUUUUGUACAAUAGGUGUUCAACGUGAAAAUGCAUCGGAAAUCGAGGCGAUAAAACAACCUAGCUAGCAGCCUCGUUGCUUAGGAAUUAAGGAACAGCAGAUUAAAUAUGCCACACCAAUUUGGAUUGCCCACGAUGGCACACGGCAUGCAGUCUCCGCCUUCGCCAACGGCUAUCUUGUCAGCGUACCCGCGAUUUAGUUCCGGCGUUUAUCGACCCGAUCACCAGGAUCAAAGACUGACACGGGAAGCUAUGGAACGCUACUUACGCGACCGAAGCGACAUGGUCAUUGUAAUUCUGCACGCCAAAGUUGCUCAGAAAUCGUACGGCAACGAGAAGAGGUUCUUUUGCCCUCCACCCUGCAUUUAUCUUUUCGGUGACGGAUGGAGAAUGAGACAAGAACAGAUGCUACGAGAAGGGGAAUCUGAACAGUCCUCGCAGCUUUGCGCCUUCAUUGGGAUUGGUAAUUCUGACCAGGACAUGCAGCAGCUUGAUCUCAACAAUGGAAAGCAGUACUGUGCUGCAAAAACCUUAUACAUAUCGGACUCUGACAAGAGAAAACAUUUUAUGCUCUCUGUGAAGAUGUUCUACGGUAAUGGACACGAUAUCGGCGUCUUCCACAGUAAACGAAUAAAGGUAAUAUCGAAGCCUUCCAAGAAAAAGCAGUCUUUAAAGAACGCGGACCUCUGCAUCGCGAGUGGAACGAAAGUAGCUCUCUUUAACCGUCUGCGAUCGCAGACAGUCAGCACUAGAUAUUUACAUGUAGAGAAUGGAAAUUUCCAUGCCAGCUCCACGCAGUGGGGAGCAUUCACGAUCCAUCUUCUAGACGACAACGAGAGCGAGUCAGAAGAGUUCCAGGUCAGAGAUGGAUACGUUCAUUAUGGCAGCACAGUGAAACUCGUAUGUUCAGUCACCGGUAUGGCACUACCUCGACUAGUCAUUCGCAAGGUGGAUAAACAAAUGGCAAGUUUAGAAGCCGAUGAUCCUGUCUCGCAGUUGCAUAAGUGUGCCUUCUACAUGAAGGACACUGACCACAUGUACUUGUGUCUCUCACAGGAAAGGAUCAUUCAGUUUCAGGCGACUCUCUGUCCUAAGGAGGCAAAUAAAGAGAUGAUUAAUGAUGGUGCCUGCUGGACUAUAAUCAGCACUGAUAAAGCUGAGUACCAAUUUUUCGAAGGCAUGGGUCCUGUGCGUUCACCUGUGACUCCAGUUCCGCUCGUUCAUAGUCUGCACCUUAAUGGCGGUGGCGAUGUGGCAAUGCUAGAAUUGACUGGAGACAAUUUCACUCCAAAUCUUCGAGUCUGGUUUGGCGACGUGGAAGCGGAAACAAUGUAUAGAUGUCAGGAGAGCAUGCUCUGUGUUGUUCCUGACAUUUCCCUCUUCAGAGGCGAGUGGCUCUGGGUGCGCCAGCCAACGCAGGUUCCAGUUUCUCUGGUACGCAACGACGGCAUAAUUUAUGCGACUGGGCUGACAUUUACGUACACGCCAGAGCCAGGUCCACGUCCACAUUGUCCUCCGGCAGAUGAUAUCAUGAGGGCACCCCGGUCCAUGCACAAUCAAUCUAGCAUGCCACCCGCUAUUGCAGAUGUGCCUUGGACAACGCAUCAACCACCACAAGCGGGCCUCUGAUAUUUUCAAGGCGACUGCAAAGCGAACCAAAGCACCCGGAGUGAUUUUAUUAAUUCUAUACCUGUUUUCCAAAAUAGUAGUGAUUCUUGCCAUGAUAUUAAAGAGAGAAUAUUGGACACAAAGAGAGAGAAAGAGAACUGUGACUGUGCAGAAUCGUAGCAGUCCGAGUGUUUUAAAGGAACUCACAUGUGUAGGUUGCUGUAAAAUGUACAUUAUUAUACAGAAUGUAAAGAGAGAGCCUUAAAAAAGCUAAAAGAGUAAUUAUUUAUGAUGCAUAUAUAAAUCAUAACUUCCAAAACAUUUGUGCAAAAGCUUUUGGAAGUUAAAUGUGAAAGGUUUAAAAUAAUACAAUGUGCGAAAAAAUAAAACCAUAAUAAUUAAGUACGGUAGCCACUGGGCCCAAAAUUGUUUUUAAAUUUAUAGUAGAAAAAAUAAUGCAUUCAUAUUGAAUGUCACAUGAUAUAACAUAAAAUUAUGCUCCCAAUGAAAGAUUAAGUACAUUGAUAUUUUACCGAAAUUUACUGUCGUCAUACCUUUUAUAUAAUGAUUUGGUGUUCGGUUGGUUGAUCAGUUUAGUGUAUAGGCGGCGUUACUGUACAAAAACCAUUGUCGAUAGUUUCUGAAUUUGACGAUUAUAUUUACUGUAUUAUACAAGAAUUCAUGAGAUAGUAAUCAACAGCAUAUAAGGUUCAUUAUUUCUGAACCUCCCGAACUUUAUAGACUUGUAAUAGCAUCCCUCCUCGAGCUACAGGGAAUAAAAUUUUCAUUCCCAGCGAAAAA